AGGCUUCGAUUGAAAUAUUUCAUAAGGCGCAGUGUAACGAUACGUUAAUAGCCACCAUUCAGGUUUUGCAAGGGUAGUAGGCUGGAGGGUUGACAGCCGUAACUGUACUUAGUAACUAGCGAGAGCUUGAAAUAGAAAUACGACUCUGCUCGUAAAUUAUUAGUCUAGAUUCGUUUAAACUUUACGGAAUGUCCUCAUGAAUAUGUGCGUCUAUGAAUUUGACUUAAAAAAUACAAGACGAUUGGUAAUUUUAGUGUAUCAUCGAAGGUGGUCAGCGCAGUGAUGUCGAAGUGAAGGGAAGUUUCGUGGAGGGUGUAGUUAUGUGUUAGUAUAGGCGGGCACGUGUCGCGGGAGGGGCGCGAUCGAUCGCGACGCGGGUCAGGGCUAGCACACGGAGCCGCGGCGCCGCCGGGACAUGAGCGCCGUGCGUCACGCCGCGCUUCUCCUCGCGCUUGCCGCCACCUUCUUGCCGCAGGCCAAUCGUGUCGCCGGCGGCGGUGGAGGUGGAAUGUUCGGUGAUGUCAAUAUAUCAGCUAUCUUGGAUUCGUUCAGCAUCAGCUAUGAUAAGCGAGUAAGACCAAACUAUGGAGUUCUGUGGUUUCCAGGACCACCAGUCGAAGUCGGGAUCACGAUGUACGUGCUGUCGAUCAGCUCACUGUCCGAAGUACACAUGGACUUCACUCUGGACUUCUACUUCAGACAGUUCUGGACAGAUCCGCGACUGGCCUACAAGAAGCGACCAGGCGUGGAAACCCUGUCCGUGGGCUCGGAGUUCAUCAAGAACAUCUGGGUACCGGACACGUUCUUUGUCAACGAAAAGCAAUCGUAUUUCCACAUAGCCACAACGAGCAACGAAUUUAUUAGGAUUCACCACUCCGGCUCGAUAACAAGGAGUAUUAGAUUAACGAUCACUGCGUCAUGUCCCAUGAACCUGCAGUAUUUCCCCAUGGACCGGCAGCUUUGCCACAUCGAGAUUGAAAGCUUCGGGUACACGAUGAGGGACAUAGUGUACGUUUGGAAGGACGGCGCGUCGAGCGUCGGCAUGAGCAGCGAGGUCCAGCUCCCGCAGUUCCGCGUGCUCGGGCACCGCCAGCGCGCCACGGUCGUGACGCUGAGCACAGGGAAUUACUCAAGGCUGGCGUGCGAAAUACAGUUCGUACGCUCGAUGGGGUACUACCUCAUCCAGAUCUACAUACCUUCGGGUCUGAUCGUGAUCAUAUCGUGGGUCUCGUUCUGGCUGAACCGGAACGCGACCCCGGCCCGCGUGCAGCUAGGGGUCACCACCGUGCUGACGAUGACAACGCUCAUGUCAUCGACCAACGCCGCUCUGCCGAAGAUAUCAUACGUCAAGUCUAUCGACGUGUACCUCGGGACCUGCUUCGUCAUGGUUUUCACGAGCUUGCUUGAAUACGCGACAGUUGGCUACAUGUCGAAGAGGAUACAGAUGCGCAAGCAACGGUUCAUUACCAUACAAAAGAUUAUGGCCGAGAAGAAGAUGCCCACGGAGUGUCCCCCGCCGUGGGACCCGCACACGCUCGCUAAAAUGAGCUCCUUAAACCGCUACCCUCCUGGUAGCAGAGCUUCCGUGAGUAGAAGUUCGCAGGAAGUUCGCUACAAGGUCCGAGAUCCGAAAGCGCACUCUAAGGGCGGCACGCUUGAGAACACGAUCAGCAGGAGCAGGAUGAACAUCGAGGGGGACGCGGCGGGGCCCGUCAUGCACCCCCUGCACCCGGGGAAGGACAUUGGAAAAUUCCUCGGCAUGACGCCCUCGGACAUCGACAAGUACUCGAGGAUCGUGUUCCCGGUGUGCUUCGUCUGUUUCAACCUGGUCUACUGGAUCGUGUACCUCCACGUGUCCGACGUGGUCGCCGAGGACCUGGAACUGCUCGAGGACAAGUGAACGGAGCCACAACCACGGUUACUACUCGGGGCACUCCCAGCGGACCCUGGGUGGCGUCGCAGACAGCUGCUGCGGGCUUACUCCUAAUGCGAUUAAAUAAGAUAGCGAUCACGAAAUCGUAUUAAUAAAAGACUUUUGAAGAGCACGCAACGGAUCACAAAAUGUUAGCUAACCUGCGAGUUCAACGUACCGUGGGCUCGUCUGACGCACGCAGCUACCUUCAUUUUAGCAAUAAUUAUUUAAUUUCGGUAUUAACGAGCAGCUACUGUGUAUUUUGUAGGCAGCGGCUUGGCUCUGCCCCUGGCAUUGCUGAAGUUCAUGAGCGACGGUAACCAUUCACCAUAAAGUGGGCCGUAUGCCCGUCUGCCUACAAGGACAAUGAAAAAUAAUUACGAAAAAUCUCGGCGUUGGAAAACACUUAAUGAUCUUCAAACGACUGUAUUGUUUUUAGUUUAACGUAACACGACUAAUAUAUAGAUCUAACCGUUUGACAACAACAGAGACACGAAACGUUCAAAUGCAGAACACCUUUGUUUUUAAAGUCGGGUAUCUCAAGUCUCUGGGCCUUCUCUAACAUCAGAGUACCGAGGCACUGACUGGACAGUCGGUCUGGUGUCCGGAAGUCGUGUCAUUCAGUUAUAAUUUAUAAUGAUUGGUCUUUAACCGACCAUGAUUUGUUUCCAAAAAAAAUGUUAUUGCCAUUUUCUGUACUCAAAAGUAACCGCACGCCACAUGAGUAGUGAAACAAACAACUUCAAAUUGUCAUAUUUUUCUUUUGGUCAACUUUAUCUAUAUCUAUAAUAUGUAUCUAUUAGUUGAACAUGUCAAUAAGUAAACAGAAAUUUUCACGGUAAUAAAUGUAGCUGUACAUUUUCUGUCUCUAAACUGUGAAUUUAGCAGUCUUAUAUUUGCGAAUACGCUUAGUAGUACGAUUAUUUAAAAAAAAAGACGCGACAAAACAAUAAUUUCGCAAUAUUUUUUAUUUACACGCAAUGUAAAGCAAAUACAUGUUAGCCGAGGUCAAUGAUCUGUUGUGUCGCGGGGGGCGUCCGCCGCUUGCGUUUACCAUUACGGGUUGACGAAAUACAAACUUAGGGUAUUAUUAUAUUGAUUUUUUUAUUCCGUUGGUGACGUUUUCGCGUCCGAUCCUGCGUCGGGAGUGGUCCACUUACACCGCACACGGCUCAAAUCACUUUAUCACAUCCAACUCUAUUCGGACCAAACUCUUAACUCAAAAAAAAACCACUUCUAUAAAACUUUAUAGUACACGAGUAAAAAAAAAAACUAAAACCUAAAAAAAGUAUUCAAAAAAAAAGCGGAAAUUCUAAAAUAGAUUAAUAAUUAAAUAAAUAAAAAAAUACUACUCUUACGACGUGUUGUAAAUAUAUAUAUAUACAUACAUAUUAUAUUAUUAUAUAUAAUAUUAUUUUUUAUUUAAAGUCACUGCCAUAUCAUUAUCGAAAGUAUAGUUACGAUACAAUCAGACUCGUAGUAUCUUGUAAAUAAAUUUGAAUACAUCCAGUUAAUUAAACCUUAUAGCACUCAUAGCCGCGAGGAUGGUGAAGCCCACGGGCAAUACCACAUUGACCAGAAACUGGACUGUAAAGACGAUUGACAGAAAACCUCUAAAUAAAAUUUAGGUUUAAUACGUUACAAGGAAAUUAUAAAAUAGAUUUAUAAAUAUCCGAAAGAGACAAAUGCGUUGUUGUUCUAAACCCCCCCCCCCCCCCCCCUAUUUCUGCCACGGAGCACUCAAAACCAACCAAGACUAAGAUUUACGUCUCAACUGUGACUAUGAUUGUUGUGGUGUCUAUGGACUCCAACAGCGGACCGAGAGACAGCAUCCGCUCGUAGAUACAAAAUUAAACAAAUAAAUAAUAGUUUAAAAAAACUAAAAAACACCCUUUAUAUAAAAUUCAACUAAACAAUAUAAUUAAUGAAUUUCAAUUUUUUAAAUUUUUUUGAAUGUUGAAUUCUUAUCGGUCCUCGAUAAAUAUACAAAAAUAUACAAAGUUUGAAUGAAAUCUGGCCGUUUAAAGUGGGUGAAAAUCGCAUCUGAAGGGACUCCUUAUCUGACUAGUUACAAACAUACGUACUAGUGAAGCUAAUAUAAAGCGUGUAAAAAAGUCACUUUGUCUAAAUCAGAAACACAUUUUGGAAGUCGGUUAUGGUGAUCUCCAUCCUUCGUAGUUCGUAGGGCAUUUGCUCUCUGGUCGGACUGUGACGUCACACAGUGAGCCAACGGCCGAUGAGAGCAGUGGUACCGUAGAUUGAGGGGAAUUGGGACCCUUUCCAAAUCCACCACAAAUUUUCAAUGGUUUUUCUUAAGGUAAUACCAAUAAAAUUGAUAUUUAUAUAAAUUGAGGUUAUAUUUUUAUAUACAAUGCGUUGUUAUACAUAGUUCAUUACAAAAUAAACACAAAAACUGAAAAAAAUAGCUUGACCUGAUUCACCUUGGCUUUGGGGUGAAUCAGGUUACGUAUGGGGACAAUAGAGUUUUUCGAUAGGGCUGGUACUAUUUAGUCGUGAGGUAGGCUAACUUUAGGUAUGUAAUUAACUUUUUAAUAUCUUUAAUGAGUUACAAAACUUUGAUGAUUAAAUUAAACUAUUUAAUAUUCUUAAGCACUAAAUAAAAGUAAUUUUCAGUUCAACAAAGUUAAAUCUAACAAUUCAACAAAAGUAUUGUGACAUCCCAGAUCUGUCCCUAUUCUAACUCUAGUCCUUAUUCCUCCCAAUCUACUGUAGUAAAGGAACGCAUUCUAUUGACGGGGGGUAAGGGGUGUUGGGGGGCGGGGUUGCUUGCAAACUCAAAUGUACAACAAUUGACAAUUUACACAAAACGCAUUCGUAAUUAAAAUUGUUUACUAUUUAUUUUAAAACUAUUAUUAAAGUAUUCAAAACGUCGGAAAUAUGUUAUAAUUAUAAACUAAAUUAACACGUUGAACGCCAUAAUAUGAAUAAUCGAGUAUUUUGAUUUAGGCAACGAGGCUCACCGGUGAGCCUUAUCUUACUAAACCAUUCGGGCCAUGAGCGUCACUCGUGAGCCUUUUAACCCUUUGACUGCCGUGUAGGUCACCGGUGCCCUACGCGGCGCAGUGAAGUAAUUAUGUCGAUUUCUGUUAUUAAGCGCCUGGAUUGCUCAACUUUGACUUCUUUCGUUUUCAAUGUAUGUUUUAUUUAUUUUAUUUAUUUACUAGCUUUUACCCGCGACUUCGUCCGCGUGGAAUAGUUCACAAAUAAUGCUUUAUUUUAGAACAAAUUUGGUUAGCAUAAAAACGUUAUAGUGAGCAAACCUUAACAUAUAAACAUAUGCUGUCGCGGACUUUUUUUAGAUCUUUUAAAGGGGAACAAUUCUGUCGUACAUUAUUUUAGCCGUUUCUGCAGCGCACGCAGCGCAAGCUCUCAAAAGGCAAAAAAAAAAACGAUUUUGCAACAUUCUUUAGUGAUGCUCCGCUUGUAUUGGUCUCAGCGUGAUGUUAUAUAAUUGGACCAGUUGCUCCUGAGAUUAGCGCAUUCAAACAAACAAACUCUUUAACUUUAUAAUAUUAGUAUAGAUCAAGUUAUAAAAGCUAUGGAUACAGGUAGUCCAAAAUAGAACCAAAUGGAAGGACUGGGAGGAGGCCUUCACCAUGUUUAAUGGGUUCCUGCCAAACAUAAGUGAAGAAAAUUUAAAUUAUUAUAUACCUAUUUACUUUGUAUUUUAGCAGGAAAUAAAAGGCUUUUUAUUUUAUUUAUUUAUAGAUCAAGUUGCACCAACAAAGUGAUCAUCAAUACAAAACAUUUACCUAUUGACAAAAGUUCAUGGCAGAUGUCACCUCGAUUAUAGAUGCAAUCGACAGUGCAUUAACAACAAAAUUAAAAAAAAGAUUAUAUAACUACGAUUUGAUUUAUUUUAUUUAUUUAUUAAGUAUUUAGUCUUUUAGAAAUAGAUUCACUCUCAGUAUCUUCGGAUUCGUCUUUCUCAGAGUUUGCUAGUUAUUUCGGGGUCUUAGUAGCAGAAAUCGACAUAAUUACUUGCGUCAUGCGUCACGUAGGGACCCUCGUGGCAGUAAAAGGGUUAACUAGACGGUAAAAUUCGCUAAUUUUUAUCUUCCGUGCAAAAAUUAACGCAUUUUAAACAUUUUAGAACGAGAAUCUCAAGUUGAUAAAAAUUAGUGAUUCCCUGAUUUUGGCUUGGCCCGAAUGAUACCUAUAGUAACGCUAGGCCCGCUGGUGGAUCGUAAGGCGUACAAUGUGUUAAUUAAUCAGAGUUUAAACUGUAAAUCUGAUCGUGUCGAUUGCGAUCAAUCAGAAACUGGGCAACAAUCGUCCUAAAACACAAACACAUACACACACAUAUCGGGUAAAGUUUAACCAAGUUUAAGGACACCGGCACCAUUUAAAUGUUUAGCAUUCGCGUUACACACACACACACACACACACACACACACAUACACACACACGCAGACAAGUGCUAAUUUAUGUUCCUGAAAAAAAAAAAACAGAAAAAAAAACAAAACAAAAAGAUACAUUUUGGAUCCACAUUUUUUAAUGAUGAGAUACGUUUUAGGGUAAAGAUCGUAUUGUAAUCGGUGGUCUGUUUUGUAAAUAUUAAAUGUAAUGGCAAUAAAAGUUCUAAAUAUUACACUAGUUGUACGAUAAACUGACUGUACGACUUCUAAUUUAGGUAAUAAAGUCUGAUGCUCAAUA